UGCUUUGACAAUUGGAGUCUCUGAUUCAAGCUUAACUGCUUUUAAAAAUUGCUCCUCAUUUCCCUCUCGUUGGAGGAAGGAUGGCAACAACCCUAGGACUCCGUUCCCCUGUUUCGCGAUCUGGUGCAGUAUCUCCUCAAGCACCUAGAUCCGCAUUCGAUACGGAGGUGUUACGAGCAUACGUGAAGAAACUCUUGCCAGCAACGCUUUCGCAUGCUGUGUGGCCACAUAUUGAGCGUGAUCAAGUAAAAGCUUGGAUGAAGGAGAUAGGAGAACGCGUCAAAGAGCGGAUGGUGGAAAUUCAGCCACAUGGAUUUAAGUAUAUGGUCUUGGUCCAGAUCACGGAGAAUUUGGGGCAAGGUGGCCGGUCCCAUUUGGUGUCUCACUGGGAAGACGGGGAUGUCUGCUUGAACGAACUCUUUUUCAACGAUUCAUUAUUCUGUACAUGUACUGCCAUCGCGGUACGAGCCUCGUGAUAUCUCCGGGCUGCCGUGACCUCCGUUCGAAGCCCUUGGUUCUGGGUCGCUUAAUUCUCGCACAUUCGAUACCCCGUAAUCACUUGCACUAAAACCACGAUAUGUCGCAAAAUUGCAUAAUUUACUACACUCAACUACGCAAUCGCGUCACGGAACUGCUCCAGAUUUGCAAAAACUUUGCUGCCAACCCUGCAUUUGUCUAGCAUCUAAUUCUCUGCAUGUUAAUCGACCCAUAAGUUCUUAUGCCC